CGGGCAAACUUCUUUGAGGCUGCGGCGCGGCGGAGGUUAGAGCUCCGGAAGGAGUUCUAAGCACCAGCUCUCUGCUCUAUCUACAGUCAAGUCUGCAACAGGUCACAGGUAACUAAGAUUGGAAGAUGAUUCGGUUAUAUGAUACCAUAGAGCCAAAUGUGAUUGAUGAAGAGUUGCUUAAAUUGGCUGUGGAAGAACAGGGGCCUCAAGAAGCAGCAGGACAAGUAGCCAAACAGGAGGGCAUUAAUUUCAAAGAUGUCAAGAGUCUGCAGCUGGAUUUUCAAAACAUCCUCAGGAUUGACAAUCUAUGGCAGUUUGAGAGUCUGACAAAAUUACAGCUGGACAACAACAUCAUUGAGAAGAUAGAUGGAUUAGAGAGUCUAGUUAACCUGGUCUGGCUUGAUUUAUCUUUCAACAACAUUGAGUCAAUUGAGGGCCUAGAUACACUAGUUAAAUUAGAAGAUCUGAGCUUAUUCAGCAACCGGAUUUCCAAGAUGGAUGCUAUGGACACAUUAGUAAAGCUACAAGUUUUUUCCAUAGGGAACAACAUGCUUGAUAACCUCCUUAAUGUUAUCUAUCUGAGGAGAUUCCCGUUUUUACGUUCCCUCAACCUUGCUGGGAAUCCCAUCUGUGAGGAGGAAGAUUAUAAGUUGUUUGUCACUGCCUACCUUCCUGACCUAGUAUACCUGGACUUCAGGCUCAUUGAUCCUCACACGGCAAAACUUGGUGAUGCAAAAUAUCAGUACAGUAUUUAUGAACUGAAACAUCGGGAGAAUUACAUCCAGAGCAAACUUGAAGAGGAGCAGGCAAAUAUAGCGGAGCUGGAAAAACAUAAGGCUGCUUAUGUUGAAUACCUGAAUGGUCCUUAUCUAUUUGAUAGCCUUUAUUUAGACGACAUUGAAGCUGCCAAACUGGCUUAUUUACCAGGAGUUCCAGAGCUACUGGAGACGUACAAAACCAAGUUUGUUACAGUUUGCCAGACCUUAUUUGACUAUGGCUUGAUACAGGAAGAGAAGAGAAAGGCAGAAGUUGCCAUCUUCUAUGAAUGUCUCGAAGAAGCCCUUCAAGACAAUCGAGCGAUAGGGUUGAAAACAAUCGAGGAUUUUGAAAAGAUACAUUUUGCGGCUUUACAUACCAUUCGAAAUGCAAAUGAUCUACAAUUUGUGGAUACUAAAUUGAGUGAAUGUGCUGAAGAAAUCAGUCAGUUGUUUGAUGUACUCAUGACUUUAGAAAUGCAGUUGGUUGAACAGUUAGAGGAAUCUAUAAAUAGCUUUGAAAGGAACAUUAUAGACAUGGUGGGAGUAUUUGUUGAAAAUGUGCAAGGCCUGAUGGCCCAGUGCCGUGACCUGGAAAACCAUCACCAUGAAAAGCUUCUGGAGAUCUCCAUAAACACCCUGGAGAAAAUAGUCAAGAGUGAAUUUGAUGAGGACCUGCCAGAUGAUGUCCGCACGCUUUUUUCUGACAAAGAUACAGUUGUUAAUGCAGUUGGAGCAUCUCAUGACAUGCACCUUCUGAAGAUAGACAACAGAGAAGAUGAUUUAAUAACCAAUGUCACCAAUUGGUGUACAGCCAUAGUAAACAAGGUUCAUGAUGAUGAACUCAAUAGGAACCGAAAACGAGUGAAGGAAAUCAAUCAGUAUGUUGACCAUUUGCAGAAUGAACUGGACAACUUGGAUUUUGGUGACCUUACGGAUUAG